CUGCUGUGAUACUAAUCCAAGGCCUGUCAUCCAAAGAAAGAAUGGGAUGGGCUGUGAGAUUUAAUUGUGAACUACAUCCCUGAUCCUGUCAUGAAACUGACAAACUUUCAGGUGAGGAGGACUUAGUUUUUAAGCAUUUUCCUUCCCAGUGAGCAUGAGAACAGCGUUCCCACAGGAAAUGUUGCUGUGAGUUGCUUCAUUACAGUACGCCACGCUGUGCUCUUUAUUUUCUUACCUCUGCCUCGCUCCUUCUCAGGAUUGAUAAUCAUCCACCUGUGCGACAGACACCUGUCACACAGAGACAGACGUUUCCUCGGCUCACACCAGCAACACAAAGAAGGGACACUGUCACAGAUAUUCAACUGAGCUGGGUGGACAUUGCACUGCUUGGUAUAAAGUGAAAGCAGGUGGCUUGUAAAGAACAGAUAUAAACCUCUAGAACAAGCAUGUCUAAAGGGGAGGGAAAAGCAGACGUGUUUCGUACUACCAAAGUGAGGACCAGGUUGAGGGAUGAUGGAAGCUGGUUGCAGCGCCGCAGUGAACCUGGCGAUGAACAAGAAGAAGAAAAGCCAUGGUUGGCAGAAGUGAGGGCCAGCCGUGUCAAUGGAGCUCCUGCUGAGACGAGUCCAGUUUCAUCACCAACAAAACCCACCCCGCCUCCCACCAACUCUGAGAGCCAGAGUGCACCAAAACCAGGAUACCUGAUAAGAGGGAUUUUCACUAAACUAGACAAGCCUCCCACAAACACACCGUCAACUAACGGCCCAAGUGGAACGACACAAUUCACCAAAAAACCUUCAGAGAGCUACAAGAAAAUAGCCCCCUACACCGUGAAGCCCACUUUGGAGAGCCAGGAGAGCCAGCUUAGCCCAGAGGAGAAGGAGAAGCGGACGGAGGCAGCCAGCAAUGUUCUGAAGACUUCUGCAGGCCGGCAACGGUCUUAUGUGCUUUCUGCUGCUAAGAAAUACGAGACAAAACCAGAAGAACCUGAUACUUCACCAGUCAACAACAGUCUAGCUUUUGUUGCUAAAAGGGUGGAGUUAACAGAUGAUGAUGAUGAGAGUGCUGCGACUCCAGCACCUGUGAGCUCUCCGCCCCCCUCCUCUGUCGCCCCAGUCACAUCUGUUGCCUCUGCAUCUAGGCCCAAACCACGGACACCAGUCGACUCAGAUGUUAAGAAAGCUGUUGAUGCCACCGUUAAUAAGCCAGUUGCACCAAAGGUGGAGGAGAAGAAAGCCGCCCUGGAGCCCGCCAAAGAAGACCUAUAUCCAGCAUCUGUCCCAGAAAAAAACCCUUUUGAAGGUAUGAAACCAGGGUGCACCAAGGUGGCCACCCCUCUCCCUGCAUUCAUCCCUGAACCAAAAGAUUUAAAAUCUGCAGUGCAAGACGAAACACCUCUGGUUGACCUCACCCCAGCAGCAGUCCCUCUUUCACCCACUCCAUUGUCUCCUACCCCGACUCCAGCAGUGCCACUUUCACCCAUUCCAUUGUCUCCUACCCCGGCUCCAGCAGUCCCACUUUCUCCCACUCCAGUAUCUCCUACCCCGGCUCCAGCAGUCCCACUUUCUCCCACUCCAGUAUCUCUUACCCCGGCUCCAGCAGUCCCACUUUUUCCCACUCCUGUGUCUCCUACCCCGGCUCCAGCAGUCCCACUUUUUCCCACUCCAGUGUCUCCUACCCCGGCUCCAGCAGUCCCACUUUCUCCCACUCCUGUGUCUCCUACCCCGACUCCAGCAGUCCCACUUUCUCCCACUCCUGUGUCUCCUACCCCGGCUCCAGCAGUCCCACUUUCACCUACUCCAGUGUCUCCCACCCCUGUGUCACCUGUCCCGUUUUCACCUACUCCAGUGUCUGCUGUAAGAGAGAUCACAGUGAAUACAAAACCAUCUCCAAAGCCAAGCUCCAGUGUUGACAGUCUCAGCGCCUUGUCCGACACCCUCAUUUCUUUCAACACAAGUUCAAGCAGCUUGAAGGAUAACGAGCCAGACCUGGCAAAGGAAGAAGGGGGCUCAGCGGACACUCGCACCGCAGAGGAGGGUGAUGAAGAAGAGCCAACUCCAAAGAUCAGCAACUGUAUACCAAUGACAGACGAUCUCCUGUCUCUUACUGAAGGCAGUCCCAAGGAGUCAGCAGAGCCCGUUCCCCCCAGCCCGGGACGCUGGAGUCAGUAUCUGCUUAGCGGACCAGACAGUGAGUCAAAGCCAACAAAGGCCAAUGGCACCCUGGAUCUCCUGGCUAACAAUGUCAUAAUAAUGAACACAGAGGCACCCAGCCUCAGCAUGCAGCCAGAGGAGGAGAAACCGACAGAUGAGACAGCCAAAGAAACACAAAGCUCCACGGAGACCGUCACUGUAACCACCAAAACUGUGAUCAUUACUGACAAAAGCGAGGAGGACUUUGCAGAUCCCCGGAGCUCACGUGUGAAAACAACCACAGUCACUGAAUCACGCUCGGCUGAUACGUUUGAUCCAUAUCCGAUAGGGACCACAUCCCCUAACAGCUCCUCUGACCUGCUCCAGCCGCUUGCAGAUAUUUCCAUCAACAGGGUGUCAAGAACUUCCAUUGAGAACAAAGAUCCAAGUGAAGACACAUCUGAUGCUUUGGAAUCCCUCGCGGAUGAUGUAAUCCCUAUAAACACUGAGGUUAAAAGCCUCAGCACUCGGCGGUCGUGGACACGCACGUGGGACACCAGUACUACUGAGCGGACUUACACAGAAGAGAGAGACAAAGCCAAACCAGAGGGCCAAGAUGAAUAUCAAAACAUGACGGUCACGUUUGAGCGAAAAUCCAAGGAGAAUGACUCCCCAUGGGACCGGUGGACGUCACCCACUGUCUACACUACCACCUAUUCUUCAGGCCAGGGAGAUGAGGAGGAGGAGGAGGAGGAGGAGGAAGAGGAAGAGGAAAGGUAUCCCCACAGGCUGGGUUCAUUAAAUGCACAUUAAACCUGUUUGUGUUCCACUAUUUUUCCAGAUGUG